GAUUCAGUUAGUAUUAUAUAUUUUGUACUUAAAUUAAACAACUAAUAAAAUAUGAUACAAUUAGUCAUAUUAAUUUUAAUCUUUGUAAGUCAUGUAAAGCCAAACAAAAGAAAUGAAAAUGACUUUCUCAGAUUACCAAUGGGUGAAUACCGAGCAAUAUUCAAAACAAUAUAUAAUUGCAAUCCAGUAGCAGAUAAAAUACAGUUCAAUUAUUAUUUAAAUAAGAAACCAGAUAACUCAACGGAGGUUAAAGGAAAUAUGACAGCUUUAAUACCGAUAGAUGAUUCUUUAUUAGUAGAUGCAAAUAUAGCAAUUAAAGAUGUCAAUGGAGCUUGGAAAGAAAAUUCAUUUUUAUUCCAUUCAGAAAAAGCUUGCUCAACGGCUAAAAAAUUUACGACUCAAAUAGAUUUGAGCGGCCUUGGAUUUAAUUUCACAUGUCCCAUAACUGCGGGUACUUACAUAGCGACUGGAUUGGAUACAUCAAACUAUAAGAAGCUAAAUUAUAUCCCUAAAACGUUUCCUUACGGAACUUAUAAAGUACGUUUUGUUUUGAAAGACAAAAAAAAACAAAGUUAUGGUUGCUUAAUGUCUAUAAUACAAGUAGUGCGUCCAUGAGAAAUAUUUUAUUUUUUUAAAUACUAUUAUACAAUUAGUAAACAAGUUACAGUUGAAUAUUAAACUAAAAUAAUAAUAACAAAUGUACAUACCUUAUCAUUUCAAAAAUUAAAUUAUAUUUGAUGUCUUGAUGAUUAUUUGUGCUUAAUUAUAUUAUAUUAUGCUUAUGAUAAUGACAGAUGUGACUUAUUAUUUAAUAUCAGAUGACAAAUACCUACGAGAUGAAAAACAUUUAUGAUAUUUUGGAUUUCGGUAGGUUUGAUCAUACACUAAUGUUCAAAUAAAACGUCAUGCCUAAACAAUUUCGAUUUAUAUGCCUAACUCAAAUUAGUUAUAUUUUUGAUGCUACACAUUUAUCAAA